GCCUGAUUGUGUAAUUCCUGUUUCUUCGUUUAUUUGCGUCAGUUGAGUUGAGUUCACUGUUAUGGAUGGAACCAUUUUUAAUUUUCUGUAAUGUAAUGAAUAUUUAAAGUAGAGAAGAGAAACGUUGGGGUUUGAGCUUACACGUUAAAUUAAUCGAUACAUAAACAUUUUUUCAUAACCGUAAUAAGUGGAAGUAUAUUUUCAAAUACGUUUACUACUUACAGUGAAAUUGUGAAGAGUUAACAAGUGUAAAAAAUACCCAAUUCUAAGGAGCCAUUUACACUAGACAAAAAGUCACGUAGGCUUUUUUGCAUGAUGUAUCAACAUGGAACUGUGUGAUUGUUUUUAAAGUUUUUGUUUGUUACGUUUCGUAUUCGUGAACAACAAUGGAUAUCAAAAAUAUACAGAAAAAUGCCAUGCAGAAGAGUGCAGAGUUUACUUUCACUACUCCACCCGAAGCCCCAGUAUUUGAGCCUACAGUCGAAGAAUUUCUGGAUCCCUUGGGCUAUAUAGCAAAAAUUCGCCCGGUUGCUGAAAAAACAGGAAUAUGUAAAAUAAAACCACCUUCACGUUGGCAGCCACCAUUUUCUUUAGAUGUAGAUAAAUUAAAAUUUGUCCCAAGAAUACAGAAAGUAAAUGAGUUGGAAGCCAUUACUCGCCUGAAACUUUUAUUUCUCGAAAAGAUACUAAAAUUUUGGGAACUUCAAGGAUCACCAUUAAAAAUUCCUAUGUUAGAAAAUAAAACACUAGACUUGUAUUGUCUUAAGUUUUGGGUUGAUGAAGAGGGUGGCUUCACUAACUGUAACACUCCAAAAAAAUGGCGUAAAAUCGCAAAUGCUAUGGGGUACAGUCAGAACACAAAUACAAUGAAUUUUCUUAGAAAUAAUUAUGAAAAGAUCUUGCUUCCUUAUGAUAUUUUUGAAAAUAGUAAAGCUGAAAUACUGAAAACUGUCAAAAAAACAGAAUUGAAACCUGAAAUAAAAUCUGGUAGUGAUGAAAAACCAGUAUUCAAAGAAAUAUGUAUUGAUUCUAUAGUAACAAAAAUAGAGGAUGAAAAACCACAUAAUAGUAUAAAAAAGGCUAAAACUGGAUCUGAUAAAAUAGAUACAAAUAUGAAAAGUGAAUCUGAAGAAACGAAACGUAACAGAGAGUUGCGGAGGUUGGCUUGUUAUGGACCAGGGCCUAAGAUGCCUGGUCUAAAUGAUGAGGAGUUUGAUAUUACCAAGUCAAGAAAAAGACCUAGAUAUGAAUUAGAUCCUUUAGCAAUUUACACAUGUGCAAUUUGUCAAAAAGAUAAUAGAGAUGACCUAUUAUUAAUUUGUAAUGGUUGUUCUGAUACAUAUCACACAUUCUGUCUCAAGCCACCAUUAUCAUCAGUACCUGAUGGUGAUUGGAGAUGUCCAUGUUGUAUAGCUGAGGAAGUCCAUAAGCCAGCAGAAGCCUUUGGCUUUGCUCAAGCUGAAAGAGAAUAUACUCUCCAACAAUUUGGCGAAAUGGCUGAUAAAUUUAAAUCAGAUUACUUUGGGAUGUCAGGUCAUUUGGUACCUACAAAUGUUGCUGAAAAAGAAUUUUGGAGAAUAAUUUCAUCUGUAGAGGAAGAUGUCACAGUAGAGUAUGGUGCAGACCUGCACUCAAUGGACCAUGGUUCUGGAUUCCCUACAAAGUCUUCAUUAAAUCUAUAUCCUGGAGACCAAGAAUAUGUUGAUUCAGGAUGGAAUUUAAACAAUCUACCUGUAUUGGAAGGAUCUGUGUUAAGAUUUAUAAAUGCUGAUAUAUCCGGAAUGACUGUACCAUGGAUGUAUGUUGGUAUGUGUUUUUCUGCUUUUUGCUGGCAUAAUGAAGAUCACUGGAGCUACUCUAUUAACUACUUGCAUUGGGGUGAGGCUAAGACUUGGUAUGGUGUGCCAGGGAGUGGAGCAGAGUUAUUGGAGAAUGCAAUGAAAGCAGCUGCACCUGACCUGUUCAAAUCUCAACCAGAUUUAUUACAUCAAUUAGUUACCAUCAUGAACCCAAAUAUAUUAAUGGCAGCAGGUGUACCAAUAUACAGAACAGAUCAGCAAGCAGGAGAGUUCGUAGUAACCUUUCCUCGUGCCUAUCAUGCUGGUUUUAAUCAGGGUUAUAACUUUGCUGAAGCUGUCAACUUUGCACCUCCAGAUUGGCUUAAAAUUGGCAGAGAAUGCAUUUCACAUUACAAAAACCUUAAAAGAUUCUGUGUUUUUUCUCAUGAUGAACUUAUUUGUAAAAUGGCAUUAGAAGGUGAUCGUUUGGAUUUAGAGACUGCAUUAGAAACACAGAAAGAGUUGGUAAAAGCUACAGAAGAAGAAGGUGCAUUAAGAGCAUCUUUAGCUAAGAAAGGUUUAAAAAAUGUUUGUAGAACAGCCUUUGAGUUGUUGGGCGAUGAUGAGCGUUUGUGUGAUGUUUGUAAGACAACAUGUUUCUUAUCGUCAGUAUCUUGCCCUGAGUGUAAACAAAUGACAUGUUUGCAACAUGUCGAUAUGGGUUGCCAGUGUGCGAUAGAAAAAAAGACACUUAAUUAUCGCUAUGAUAUGGAUGAACUUCACAUAAUGCUUCAAACUAUAGAUUUUAGAGUUAACAGCUUUGAUAAAUGGAUGACAGAAGCAAAAAAUAUUUUGUUGCCUACUGCGCCAGAUAUUGGUAGGCUACAAAAGUUAAAACUUCUUGUAGAUGAAGCUGAAGAAUUAAAAAUACCAAAAUGCACACUUUUAUCAACAUUAAAAGAAGAGUAUUCUAAAGCUUCUGUAGAAAAUGAACCAAUUGUUAUAGAACUUGAUGAUGAUUAAAUACUAAAGUUAAUGCAGUACAAAGUCUAAUAGAAUAAGUAAAUUUAAGUGAAUAGUAUAGAGAAGUGUAGCUCUUGACAGAAUACUAUAGUUCCACUUACAAAGAAAGCAGAAUAUUUUGUAACUUCUAUGUAUAUUUAUGAUCACAAGCACAGUUAAUAAAUAUAAGCAAUUACAGUACUAGUUUCUUUAUAAGAUAUGCCUAGAUCAAUUUUAAUUUUGACCCCAGUUAGUAUGCAUUCAUUACCAUUAAUAUCUCUGUAUUCUGUACACUUAUCUUAAUAAUAAUUGUAACUUUAGUAUUGAAUUCGUAUUUGAUUAUGUACUUUAAUAAACAUAAUUAGUAGAAUUAAAAUUUAUCAUAUAUUGACUGGAUUGAUUUUAAAUUUUAUAUAAAUUACAAUUAGCUUUUAUUAUUUAGGUAUAAAUUUGAACACUAAUUUUUAAUUAUUUGAUGUGGAAUUAUACAUAUAACAAUUUUUGUCCCACCGUACUGUAAGUGAGUUUGAAGUUAUAACUGAAUUGUUCAUUUUGUAGCAUAACAUAAUUUUUUGAAGUUUAUAUGUUUGUAUAUUUAGAUUUAGAGUGUAGGCUAAAGAAUAAGUGUAGUAUUAAGUUAUUAUACAGAGCAGCCAGAAUUUCUAACUAUAUUAUGUUUAAAUAAUUGUAACUUUAAAUUAUUGUGUUUUGGGCCGUCCAAACGCCCAGCCCUGGUAGCGACGUCAGCCAACGCUAAUCAAAUUAUAAGUGAGGUUUGAGAGAAUUUUGAGUGCACUCGCUUGUCUUCUAAUUCAGUUUUGUUCUUUAUAGCAAUUCAAGUCACAUGUAUUCCUCGCCUCGUGUUGCCCUCCACCUCGUUGGCUAGCUGACCGAAAUUUCCAAAUAAUGUAGCUGACUACGAUUAAGUUUCUAGCCAUGUAAACGUAUUUUAAAAUAUUAGUCGCAUAUUUUUUUUUAUUUAUUGGAAGAGUCCACCAUAUAAAUCGGCAUAUAUAUUCUCAUUUUUCUGAUUGAUAUGAGAGAAAUAGACAUGUUGAAAGUUAGAUUACACAUAAAAUAAAUAUGAGUCUUUAAUUUAGGAAAUUAUAUUGGCGACUUCGACUAAAUAAAUACACGUACUAUAAAAAAUGUGAACUUGCCUAUUGUAUAUGCAUACGAGGAACGUUAUUUUUUAUAUUACAUUUCUCUAUAUUUAAAUAUUAUAGAAGAUUAAAUUUGAUUUUUUUUUCCUUUUUAAAGAAAUUAAUAUCGCCAAGGUAAAGCGACUUUUAAUUUUAUCAACCAUAAAUAUUACUUUGAGACUGUAUAAUGUUUAUUUAUUGGUAAGGAUGUGGUGAAAAAGUGCGUGAGAAUGAAUUGCAUGCUGAAAUUUAUUUGCCACUUUUAAGUUUUUUCAAACUUAAAAUUUCUAUAGUUUUGAAACAUGUAUUUACAUGUCCUUUUUUGGUUGGCUGUAAAGUUUGUUUGUUAAUACUUACGGCUAUGAGUAGUUUUAGAAUUAUUCGAAUUAUUAUCUUUUAUCACAAAAGGUUAAAUGAGAAAUCAUAUUCUCAAUAUAAAAUUUAGGCUAAAUUAGUAGGUAUUUUCAUAAUAUUUGUUGACGCCAUUGAUUGACUGAUUGCAUUUUUAUUUAUCAUUAUACCUAUCGUGUUUAAUUGCGUGUUGAAAUUGUAGUCUUAUUUCAAUUAAGUGAUUUGCACUGUGAACUGUGAUUAUUAUUUACUUUGCUUUUUUGUAAAAUUAUGGUAAAAAAGUAAUAUGAAAUUGAGUGAGUAUUAUCUAGAAAUAAAUA